AUGCUGAAAAUGAUCUUGGACCCGAUGGGCGGGAUUCUGUUGACGAAUGAUGGAAACGCGAUCCUACGUGAAAUAGACGUGGCACACCCUGCUGCCAAAAACAUGAUCGAACUCAGUCGAACCCAGGACGAGGAAUGUGGAGAUGGUACCACGAGCGUGAUCAUCUUAGCUGGUGAAAUCCUGGCACAAUCUCUUGCCCAAUUGGAGCGCGACAUCCACCCUGUAGUCAUCAUUUCGGCAUACAACAAAGCCUUGAAAGAAGCCCUGGAGAUCAUCAAGCGAAUAUCCGUCCCAAUUGACAUUAACGAUGACAAGGAGAUGCUUUCCCUCAUAAAAACAUCCAUUGGCACCAAAUUUGUGGCGCGUUGGUCGGAUCUUAUGUGCAAUCUUGCUCUACAAGCUGUCCGAACUGUGGCUCAGGACGAGGGCGGCAUGAAGACCGUCGAUAUAAAACGAUAUGCCCGUGUUGAGAAGGUGCCAGGUGGCGAGAUCGAGCAGAGUUGCGUGCUAAACGGUGUAAUGCUCAACAAAGACGUUACUCAUCCCCACAUGAGACGGCGCAUUGUGAAGCCCAGAAUAAUUCUACUGGAUUGUCCGUUGGAGUACAAAAAAGGAGAGAGUCAGACGAACAUGGAGUUCUCCAAGGAAGGUGAUUGGGAGAGGGCUCAAGCUAUUGAAGAGGAACAGGUCAAAUCACUUGUGAACCGACUACUGGAAUUCAAGCCCGAUCUCAUCAUCACGGAGAAGGGUGUUUCAGAUAUUGCUCAGGGUAUUAUGGACAAGCAUAACGUCUCAGCCAUCCGUAGAGUACGCAAGUCUGACAACAAUCGGAUUGCCCUCGCUGUCGGUGCCACCAUUGUCAACCGUAUCGAAGACCUUCGUGAGUCCGACGUCGGGACAAAGUGUGGCCUCUUCAAUAUAGAAAAGAUCGGCGAUGAGUAUUUCACUUUCCUUACUGAAUGCAACAACCCCAAGGCAUGCACGAUUCUCCUUCGUGGGCCCUCAAAAGAUAUUCUCAACGAGAUCGAUCGCAAUCUUGCUGAUGCCAUGUCCGUCGCCCGAAAUGUCGUCUUCAACCCCAUGCUAGCUCCAGGAGGCGGCGCUACAGAGAUGGCGAUCAGCGUGGGUCUGCAAGCGAAGGCGCGCUCAAUAGUGGGCGUCGAGGGCUGGCCCUUCCGGGCGGUCGCUGAUGCCAUGGAAAUCAUUCCCCGAACACUAGUCCAAAACAGCGGCGGAAAUGCUAUUCGAGUCCUCACCGAACUCAGGGCCAAGCAUGCGAAUGGUGAGAACUCGUGGGGAGUAAACGGCGAAACUGGGAAGAUCGUUGAAAUGAAGGAGUAUGGUCUCUACGAGUCGGCUAGCGUAAAGGUGCAAAUUCUUAAAACGGCGAUUGAGGCUGCUCGGAUGCUCUUACGUGUGGACGACGUUGUACAGGCUGUGAGAAAAGAACGGGAUUCAGAACAAGGGCCCCCUCCUGAAGAGAUGAUGGAAGGCUAG